AUGGUGAACGCGUGGAGUGGACUAGAUCAAUCUCAAAUUUUUUCUGAAGGCGUGGACAAAUUUUUUCGAAAAAAAUUCCUUAGUUACUCAGGUCUUCGUCAAGAAUUAUGUUCGCGCAAUAUAUCCGUCUUUUCUUUCGCUUGGGUUAAAAACUCGGUCGAUUAUACUGGCUUGUCUAUUAAAUGGCCAAUAUCUUCAUGGCCUUCAUCAUUAUUUCUUCGAAAGUCCAAAUCAUCUUCUUUACCGAAAGAAAUUUCUCUUUUCGAUAUUUUGACAAAUUAUCCCAAAAAGAAACUCCAGUCAUGUUCAACAUUUUUUCUUGUUCUCAAAAUCCAUCCAACGGAUUCAAGGUCGGCCACAGCCUAUAUAAUACAUUUUGAUCCUCUGUCCUCUUCUCUUAGAUGCUUACAACAGUUUAAAUUCGGUAAGGUAGUUUGCGUUUCGUAUGUACAGCAAUUUUUGGAGGGAAUUGUUAACUGCUUCUCUCAGAAUUCGGGCAAAACUGAUGGAUAUACUGGUGUCUUAACUGCCGCGCUUUUCACCCAAGAUGCCUCGACUCUCGCUAAUCAUGUCUACCUCUGCUUAACACUAAAGUUUCUCUAUCGGUAUUUGGGCAAAUUGUCAUCCAUAUUCUCACGUAUGAAGGUUGAAUUGAGUCCUUCGCAUUAUCAUAUUUGGGGUACUUUCCUUCCCAUUCUUGCCGAAAGCUCUCGACCAGACUAUGAAUCCGCACUGGACGAUAUUGAAUAUUUCUUUAAACACAUGGACUACUUUUCUCUUGUAAACAAGGAAGUUUUUCCUGAAACCAUUAUGCAAUGGAUUUUUGAUAACGCUUGGAGGACAAACUUUGCUAGCUUACCAAUGGCUAGCCGAAUUUUUGAGCGUUUCUUUCUUCCUUACAUAACUGAUAUGAACGAUUCUCCUGAAAUCAUUUUUCCGUGGUUUCUUUUAGGUGUCUUGCGUUCGACGAGCUUCUGCAAAGCUUUUGCUGAAUUUCACCCAAAAAUGUUCAAGUCGAUAAUGGAGGAUAUCUAUGUUCUUUCGUCAACAAUGGAUAGCUUUGAAAAUGAUUUAUCUUCUUUGGAGAAGUGGAUGAAAGAGUCUUUCAGGUUAUACUGUCACUCUCGCCAUCAACUCGGUCAAUCUAAAAUUGUACUACCCUUACAAAUUUAUCAUACUUGGGAACGCAAUCAUGUCGUUGAUAACAUCGUGAGUCAAUUUGAUCGCUCUAUCAUAGUACCAAGAAUACCACGACUGUCGUCUUUAGCAAUCAUUGCCGCACGAUUUCAUAUUCGUCAAAUAGCAAAUUCCAAACCACUACCUCGACCUUCCUUCUCCUCCCAACUUAACUCCUUCACAGACCUCCCGCCUUAUAUUAAAUCACUAAUUCAAUUCACAAUAUGUUGA